CUUCACUUGGUUCCUUACUUCAAAGCUCUUCUGCAGCACCUCUGGAGCAUAUCUUUCUCGACCGGUUGCUAAAUAAAUUUUCGACAGCUUGAUAAAAUAGAAUGAGAACGAUGAGAAUGUUGUCUCCGAAUGAACUGUCAACGGGAACUGUUCGUUCGGAAUCAGACUUGUCGUCGUCGUCGUCAGGACCAACAACGAUUCGAAAUAAAGGUGAAAUGGAAAUCGAUUUCUUUGGAUUGUUCCUUGUCCUUUUGCCGCCAAUGCUUGGUGGCUUUUUGUAUGGAUUUGAUCUCGGAGCAACGUCGUUUGUACUCGUCAUGCUCCUAAAUCCACCCGAUGUUGACGAUUUUGGAGCCGCCGUUUGGUGGACCGAUCUCUCGUCGACACGACAGGGGCUUGUCGUGUCUAGUCUCUCCUUGGGAGCAUUGGUCGGAAGUCAUAUUGUUUUGAUGUAUCUAUCACAACGCAUCGGUAGACGAAUGGAAUUGCGACUCUGCGCUAUUUUUUAUAUCGCUGGAUCAUUUCUGAACGUCAUGUCGGGGACAGUCCUGAAAGAAGCUGCAAUAUUUGGAUACUUGAGUCUUUGUGUCGGUCGAGUCUUGUACGGAAUAGGGGUUGGUUUUGUGAUGCACGGGGCACCUGCCUACCUUGCUGAGAUGAGCCCUACCAAAAUCAGAGGUGCUAUUGUAUCUGCAAAAGAGACAGUAAUUGUCGGAGGAAUCGUCGUUGGAUACAUGAUCGGGAAUUGCAUGUCGACGGAUCCACUUGGUUGGACCCAUCUAUAUGGCAUAUGUGGUAUCAUAGCAUUGCCAAUGCUUGCGUUGACAUAUUGCAUACCUAGAAGCAAGAGAUGGUUACUGAUGCAAGGUCUAGAUCAGGAGGCUUACGAAUCGAUGAAGUUUAUUUACAAUGGUGAUAUUCGAGAAGAAUACGAAAGCCUUGCCAAGUCUGUAUUGGCAGGAGGUCUCUCUCCUUCCCAAACCAAGACACGAAAGGACCCGUCGUUGGUUGACCCGAGGUACCGAAAGGCCGUGAAAGCCAGCAUGGGAUUGAUUAUUUUUCAACAAUUUUCGGGGCAACCAAGGUGUGUACGGUACGGCAGAACGAAAUCAAAGCUACCAUUCUGUCCAUUGAGACUUGCGCAUCGUGAAUGAUGCAUUGACAUAACAGAACUGCAUCAAUUCUGUUGUCCUCGUCUUUCAUUCAGCACCUGACAUCUUUCAUUUUAUCAAUUUUUCAUUCAAUUAUCAGCGUGCUGAGCUACGCUACUGUACUCUUUCAAGCAGCUGGCUGGACAGGAAUUGCCAGUGUUGCAUCAUCGGUAUUGAUGAUGAUCACAUCUGCAAUCACCGUCUUGUUAGUGGAACGAGUGGGUAGAAAGUUCCUCUUGAGUCUGGGGUGUCUUGUUAUGAUGACUGCAUUGUCGGCAUUGAGUACUUCGUUUUGGGGAUGGGACGAUCACAUCGACACCGAAACGGGCGACUUGAGGUCCAGCCAAAAUUAUGUGAUUUUGUUCGCCAUGUUUUUCUAUAUUGCUGGGUACCAGAUCGGGUUUGGUCCCAUCACUUGGUGUAUUGUAAGCGAGACAUUCCCCUUGGAGAUCCGAGGAAAAGCCAUUGCGCUCGGUGUGGAACUGAAUUAUGCCCUGAACUUUGGUGUCCAGUUUAUCUUUCCCACCCUCAAAGAAAACCUCGGUUGGGGGCGUACCUUUGGUUUAUUUGCCGUGAUUUUAGCAUUUGCCUUUUUCUACAUCAGAUCAUAUGUCCCCGAAACCACUGGUCUCACCCUUGAAGAAAUCGAGGUCGAACUAGGUGGAGAACACAACGACAGCGACUAUCCAAAGAACAAUGCUAAGAAGCACCAGUUUAUUGAAUUCGAAUGCCCCACUGAGAACAGCAGUCUCCUUGGACGAGCGUCGUCCUUUCUGGGCGCGCAUCCGAGCCUUGAAGAAAUGGAGAGUCAACUCAUCCGAACAUCUUCAGAUGCGGCGCUUCGAAAUGCAAUCGUAUGAAUCCAAUCAAGUCCGUAACUUUAUUAUUCCAAGACAUAUAAAAACAUGUACAGUAAAAUAUAUUAUAAAUCAUUAU